GCCAAGGCCCCUCGCGCCAUGCGCGCUCAGCGCAUGAUCGUGCACGCCGCGGCUGACAAGGCCCAGGUGCUGUCCGAUGUGCGCGGCAUCAUCGCAGAGCAGCUGGGCACCGACCUCGACAAGGUGGCUGCCGACUCCAAGUUUGUGGACCUGGGUGCCGACUCCCUGGACACUGUGGAGAUCAUGAUGGCCCUGGAGGAGAAGUUUGACAUCCAGCUGGACGAGGAGGGCGCCGAGAAGAUCUCCACCGUGCAGGAGGCGGCUGACCUCAUUGCGGCCCAGAUCGACAAGUGAGCGCGGCGCUACGACGGCGGCAGCGCCCCCCACUGGGCGCCACCCCGGCCCAGCUGGGCCGCCAUGCCCGCGGGCAGGCCCCCGCCACCGGCCGGCCGCCUGUUGACAGUCGCGUCUCACCUCCCAAGCUUGCGUCUCCACCCCCUUGCUCCUGGCCCCUGUACUGCUUUCACUCCUCUUUCCCCCUAGGACUGCACCAGCAACUUGCUGCUUCCGCUGAGCGUCGUUGAAACGGUUUGUCCUCCCGUGUGGCUUACGGACGCAGUGGCUUAUUCUUUCCAAGACAAGGUUGCUCAUUAUGUAACCGUGUACAGCAGGC